UUUCGCAAGAAAUCGGUGAUUGAAGUUAUUGUUAACAAAAAAAGUAACACCCACAUCCAAUGCAUUAAGUCCUAAAUAACAUUGACAUCUUCGUCGAUUUUCUCUUUGCAUCCUCACGGCCAUGUUGAGACAUUCCCAGUUAAUUUCGAGCAAACACGACAAGAAACGGUUCAGCACCCAAGUAACUAACGAAAGAGAAAGUCGAUGAAGAGAAUCGAUCAAUGUCACUUGAGACUUAAUGCAUUAUUCAGCUUGAAAUCUCAAAUCCGUCCGGAUAUUCAGCCAAGUUUCUUCUACUUGGUAAAUUACAAGUGUAUCUGGCAGCUCUGGUUGUUUCACGAUUACACCCACACUAGCAUGCGUUGUGUGAACUCGCAGUUUGUGUUGUGUGCGUGUGUUGUUCGUAACACUUAUUUUUUAUUUUUAUUUACAUCAGUAUUUCAACAUUCGACUCUGGCUGUCAAAAGAGGCAGUGAUUUUGUUUGCAUACAAACAGAUUUUUACGUUCAGGAAACGAAAGAAACCAAACGAGAGGAAAAGAAGACUAGUCAUUAGUCAGCAGAAAACAAACUAAUGUACGAGAACUACUAGGCUGCCGCUUUUUAUAAAUUGAUGUUCCAUGGUAAUCGAUUGCUAUCAAGAUGACGGCCGUUUUUGCAGUGAGCACGGAAAAAUUCAAAGCAAAAUUGCUCCCCGCGGGAGGAGCUUUCUACGAAGAAAGCAAUGGCAACAAUACCGUUGAGGUUGAUGUCGGUAUGAUGUUGCAGAUCAUCGAACAAACCUCGUCAAGGCUGGCCGUUGUUCGCAUCAAGGACUUCUACAAUCCAGAUGAUACGAGCAACCCAAUCGUGCUGCAGUGCCAAACAUCACAGUAUCAACCGGUUCCGGAUGAUGUGUGGCCGUUUGUUAUUGCCAUACUGGAUCCCCAAGAACGGUUGAAAUUCGUGAAGCAACCUGGUCGGCUCAUAAAAGUCAAGCAUUUGCGUGAGGAUCAAAUAGUGAAGGUUUCCGGAAAAGCAUUCUGUCGACCAAUGGAGACGUAUGAUUGCAUAAUUAGAUAUCGUGGACCAGUUUCCGAAAUAGGUCCAGGUUACUACUUUGGCUUGGAGUUACUGAACCUCGAUAGUGGUGAAUCCCCUCAACAAGAUGAUCUCAUCUAUGUGUCAACGUAUAUGAAUGUACCCCCUAAAUUGGCACUAAUACUUGCGGCAAAUUGGAUCGAUUUUGAAGAUUUGGACCAUUCCAUUGUUAACAAACAUUCCAAGAAAAAUAUACUAGAAGGUCUAUUAUGCGGAGCUAAAGAUUUGAAUUCCAAAAUACGACAGAAAGCCAAGCGUUUAACAGAAAUUCCAAAAGCGGGUAGUGACUCACGAGACGACAGGUACACACGAUCGUUUACUCCAGAUCCUGUGGGGAACAAUCGUAACUCGGCCGAUUUGACGCCGCUAGUUGAGCGGAACCUGAUGGAUAAUAAGCAACAAAAAAGAAUGGCUGCGUCAGUAUCGAGUCCCAAUCUGUCGAAACAGGACAGCAGUAGCAGUACAGGAAGCUCUAGCCGCAUAAUCAAUAAUCACCCGCAUGAUCGAAUGACUGAGGACCUGCGGUUUAUCGAUAGCAGUCAAACGGAGGACAGCUAUCGUUCUGGCAGAAGCUCGCAGAACAGCUCCAACAGUAGUACACUAAAACAUUCCAAAACGCGCAAGAAGUCUUCGAAGGCGGGUACUUUUCUUAACUACGAGGGUCGUGAUAUUAUAGUUAUUGACAACGCUGAUAUCAAUGAAGCGACGAGUGAUGCAGGCAAUGUGAUAAUUGUGGAUCCACCGGCAACCCUAGCCGAAGCAGAGUCAAACGAUGUAGAUCUUAAGGAUGUUCUGGGAGCCGAUUGGCCAUCUGCUGCGGGUGAAGCUGCAACAUUAUUGAAUAGCGAUAAGAAAACUCAAACUCCACCGAGUCACAUCGGUAGGAACGGAAUGGCCAGUGCUGGCGGUGGUGGUUAUAGCAGUAGCAGCAGCAACAGCACCAGUAGUAACCAAUUGUUGGGCAGGUACGAGCGGAACAAAUCACUGAAUCCAAUCAGCCAUUUGGCCAGCUCCAAACCGGGCGAAGGUGGAGUCCGCAAACGAGAGCAAAAGAGCAUGGUUGACGUGGCUACGAUGGCAAAACCGAACGAUGGAUCCUCACAAGUGUAUGACAAUAGCAACAAUAUACCUCACACGAUUGCCUCGUCCCCUUCGGAGGGCUCGGAUAUUGCCAUCCAACCGUCACCGUUGAAGGAAGUUCCGGACAAUCCAAUUUUUGAAGUCGGCUCGAUGGUAGAGGUUGAUGUAGAAAAGGCUGAAUUGUAUGGCGUGAUCCGUUGGAUCGGCCCGUUGCACAUCCCCGGCACUAGCAGUAGCAACACCCGCGUGAUGGUCGGUGUGGAACUGGAGGACGAACCGAUCGAUGCCAAUGUACAUGCCACCGACGGGACUUACAACGGUGUCAAGUUAUUCAAGUGUCCGCCGAAGCGAGCCAUCUUUGUUUACCCUGCACAGUGCAAUCAAGAUCGCCGGUUCCAGGAUUUUGGUGCCGCGUCCCCAGCUACACCCAAGAUUGUAGCUUCUACAUCCAAAUCGUUGGAUACCACCAUGUUUGGCAAGGUGGAUUGCCCUAUUGUGGAGGGCGCCGUGGCACCACUAAAAAUCCUUCAACAAACUGAGUUGGAAUCUAUUUGUGGCAAGUUUAGAGGUAUUCAAGGACAUCACAAUUCGUGUUAUUUGGAUGCAACAUUGUUCUCAAUGUUUACAUUUACGAGCGUGUUUGACUCGCUAUUAUUCCGACCCAGGGAACCCGAGGAUAAUCCCCAAUAUGAAGAGGUCCAAAAGGUACUGCGCGAAGAGAUAGUCAACCCAUUGCGAAAGAAUCACUUUGUUCGAGCUGAUAGGGUGAUGAAGUUACGCCAGUUAUUGGACAGAUUGAGUUCGGUCACUGGUCUCACCAGCGAAGAAAAGGACCCGGAGGAGUUUCUCAAUAGUCUGCUGGCUCAGAUUUUACGGGCAGAUCCUUUUUUAAAGUUGAGUUCCGGAUUGGACACGUUCUACUAUCAAUUGUUCGUUGAAAAAGAUGACCAAUUGAAGCUGCCCUCAGUGCAGCAACUGUUCGAACAAAGUUUCUUGACGUCCAAUAUCAAGCUAAAGGAAGUGCCCUCCUGUCUCAUCAUACAAAUGCCACGUUUUGGAAAGAACUUUAAAAUGUACCCUCGAAUACUACCGUCACAGGUACUGGACGUGACUGACAUCAUCGAAGAUUCUCCUCGACAGUGCUUCAUUUGCGGCAAGCUAGCGGAACAUGAGUGUCGCGAGUGUUUCGGAUUGAUGCAGGAAGUAACCACUUUGGAGAGCACGACUCUCUGCACGGCUUGCUUGGAAACGGCACAUUCCCACGUGAAACGGAAGACUCACAAACCGAGUCCAUUGACCGUGCCGAAGGACUUUAAAAUUAUGGCCGAACACUGUCCGGUGCCACGGCUGUUCAUGGAACUGUUUGCCGUGGUGUGCAUCGAAACGUCCCACUAUGUGGCAUUUGUGAAGGCCGCUUCCGGCCAGGAUGCACCGUGGGUGUUCUUCGAUUCGAUGGCUGACAGACGAGGUGAGCAAAACGGUUACAACAUUCCGGAGAUGAUCGCGGUGCCCGAUCUACCACUGUGGCUAUCCGACGAGGGCGCCCGCCAGCUGAACGAGAAGGCAACCAACGACAAGAUGUUACCUGAACACGCUAAACGACUGCUCUGUGAUGCGUACAUGUGCAUGUACCAAAGCACGGACGUAAUGAUGUACAGAUAAGAAGCGAUUCUACACUCUUUUGGCCUAUCUAGUCCCCCCUUACGUAUAUCGUUCACUUAAAAAAAAACACAAUCUUGCAAUAUUUACCUCCUGCAACAAAAACUCCUACUUACCUGUUUAAAAUGAUAGUGUGUGAACUAUUCGGUACAAUUGAAGCUUCGCACGAGUAUCAACUUAAUAUUUUUGGAACCAAAUCGAUCAUGUAACCAAGUUGACCGUAUUGUUCUAGAUCCUAAUAGUGAUGCGGAACGGAAAGCGCACCUCGCCGACAGUGCGAAAAACUAAAUUGAAGUCGUGAUUUUCAGAAGAGCAGAUUAUAUACAUAUAUUUACAUGAUAUUUUUGAGAAUAAUUCUAAUCCAACUUAACCAUACUGCUGCAAAAUUGGCCGACAAGGAACAUGUGAAUUAAACCAGCGAAACGCAAAUGCAAUAUACGAACGAAAAACAUAACAGUUCAAAUGUAAACGGAAGUGAGCUCUUAGAAAUGAAACAAAGCAAAUCGAAAGACAAAUCUUUAUUGUUCUUAGAAAUCAGUGAAGUUGGAAUUUUUCGACGCUAAGUAGUUUGGAUGUUGCCAAAGUAAACACAAAAAUAAUACAAAUUGCUUUAUCUGUGCAUCACCAAGACGUAACAAUUGAUUAGACGAUGUAUUUCACAAUGAAUAAACAAAACACAAGAGUAA